UGUCCGUUCUGUCCGUGGGAGCGUCUGUUCAGUCUGUCUCGUCCUUCAGCUCAUCUGUUCCAUCUGUCCCGUCUGUCUCGUCCUUGGGACGGUCUGUGGCCGCUCCGCUCCGCGCUGGGGACAGGUGAGGGCAGUGCAGCCUGUGGGAUGGCCACAGUAACUUCCUGGAGGGGAAAUACAGAGGUAGUCACUGCCAGAAGGACAGAGUCACACGAUGUCCCAGGCAUUAUCAGCCUCCUCAGCCCUGUCACAGAAGACCUCUACGGAAGGAUUGAUGUCACUUACCUUCUAGAACUAUCAAAUCUUGCUUUGACACUCUGCAAUGAGAAGAAUGAGGUUAUAGCCCAUGCUGCCUUUCUGGACUAUCCCAAUUGGAAUAUCACUGAUCAGGCUGAAUGGGAACCAUUCCUGCAUGAAAACUAUGCUAACAACAAGUGCACUCCUUUGAAUACGCUCUUCGUGCAUCUCUUUGUGGCAAAGGAAGAAUAUGCAGCUGGAUGUUCCCAAGAAAUUGUUAGGAGAGCUUUCAUCUUACUACCAGAACUGCAGUUUAUACUUCUCUUUAUACCACCUGAGGAGAGGUUAGGUUUUAGUCAUUCAGAGCUGGACAUGGGGAAUGUCUUUGAAAGGAUGAUGGCUGUUCCAGGCUCACCCAUGGAGAGAGGUUUCACGUUGUUGGCGUGCCCCAGGCAUCGGUGUCAUCCACAGCUGUACGUGCGCCAAGCAAGGAUGGAAGAUUAUGAUGAUCUCAUGCUAAUCUGGACACCUCAAAGUGAAACUCUGAAGGAAACCUAUGGUGAAUAUUUCCUUGUUGAUCUCAUAGAACGUGAAGGUGAAGAAAAUCAGGCAGCUGUUUGUGAGGUUGAUGGCAUUGCAGUAGGAUUCAUGAGCUUAUGUUCUCACGUGGACGUUUCUUUGUUUCAAGAGUGUUUUGACUUAGGGCCUUUCCAUGGACUCUGCAAACCACAUCCUGAGGAUAUUCUCAAAAUGCCACGGAAGCCAACCUUUCAAGGAGAUAAAAAUGGAAGCAAGCAAACAAGUCAAAAGCCACAGCCUGUUUCUUGUCAAAACUUGGAACAUGUUCCUGGUGCGGAUGCUGCAGCUGUGCAGAAAGGUGGAGCCGUGACUGCUUCCCAGACUGAACUGCUGGUAGGUGACAUCGGCAACACAGGCUCUAAAGGCUCAGCAGCACCUCCCCUGAAGACUGAUGAGGAGGGGGAUUUGUGUCCCAUGUACAGAGGAGCUUCCAAUGUUUUCCGUAUCCGUCUGCUUUGUAUUGAUGAGAAGUAUGAAACUAGGUCACUGGAUUUUUUGCAUUAUGCUUUCAACGUUUUCCCAGACAGAGACUUGUGUGUCAUCCUGGUGCCACAUCAUGUCCCGGAGUUCCCCCUGAUCCGGAGCUUUGUUCGGGCUGUCCCUUCCUGCACUUCCAGGCUGGGUCGGGAGCUGUACGUGUUCCACCGGGCAGGAUUGCUCACGUCAUUUAAUGUAAGAAAAGCAGCCACCAGUGACCUAGAGGGUGUCAAAAUGCUUGUUGAAACUCUUAGCUUGAAUGAAAGCAUAUGGAAUGACACAAAGAUAUUCACUGAAGCUCGCAGGGAUCCAGACGGGAUGCCAGUACAGGCUUUUGUAGCAGAAGUUUUGGAUCAAAUCGUUGGUGUUUCUGUUACUAGGGAUGAAAUGGAUAUUGAGUAUAUUCGAUCACAUUACAACAUUGAGGACUUCAUUCAUUUUAAUAAUCACCAGCAAGAGGAAUGUGGACAUCUUUGCCAUUUUGUCUUAAAUCCUGUAUUUCGUCACUAUACAAAAUACUUUCUAAAGGAGAUUCUUCGCUUGGGUCACAAAACUUAUCUUAAUUACCCUAUUUAUCCAGAAUAUGUGGAGGACAAGUUCCAUCAUCCCUGUGCCCAUUCCCUGACAUCUGCCCUUCAUUACAUGGUUCCCGUGCGGCCGAGACGACAGAUUGUCUAUCCUCUGCAAGAGCUUGGCGUGAAUGCUCCGUCAGAGCAGGUCUCCAAGGAUCAGCUGAAAUAUUCUUUGAACCACACAAAUCGAAAGCUGGUGCUGGAAUCGAAAGUGUGUAUAAACACUAGAAUUGUGGUGGUUGGUGCAUCUGAUGUUGGAAUCUCUUUUCUGGAAACGCUGGUUUUUAGGCCAUGUCUGAAGUUCAACAACCUGACGCUGAUUUCCAUUCAUGGCCUUCCAGGAGAAGACCCACAGAGCUCCAAGUAUAGAAGAUUUUUAAUUAACAGCCACUGUUUUAAUGAUGAAGAUUAUGCACAGAUGUCACUUUGUUCCUGGGUUAAUGUUGUGGUUGGUAAAAUGACGGGCAUAAACCGCAGUGCCAAAUACGUUGUUGUUUCCAAGGAGAAGAAAGUGCCAUACGACUACCUGGUUCUGUGCAUGGGACAGAGCUACCAGGCCUUGGCUCCCACAGGAGCAGAUACUAGUGAAGUCACAAGUCAGUGGCCACAGAGAUACAUGGAGAAAGUCCCUUCCAAUCACUUCACUCUCAAUGAUGCCCAGGACUGCUUGGAGGCAGCACGCUGGCUGGAGGAAAACCUCAUCAGCUCCAGAGGGAACAUCAUUGUCUAUGGGAACACAAUUGAUAUUUACACCACGGUAGAAACCCUCUUAUCCCUUGGGAUUGAUGGCUCCUGCAUCCAUCUCGUGCAGGCUCCACGUAGCUCUGCCAGUCCCUGCCUGGCCGACGCCACCCUGGAGCGCACGGUGGGGGAGGCCCUGUCAGAGGCAGGCGUGGCCGUGCACCCGGACAGCGUCCUGGCACAGUGGGGCCAGGGUGACCACGGGUGCAUCGCCUGGGCUGCCUUCACCACUGCUGCAAAGCCACUUCACCUGCAGUGCUCAGCAUUUUUUAGCUUUGCCUACAGGACACUGGAUUAUGAAACCUUUAAGGCCAUCAAUGAUGCUUGCCUUGAUUUUGAUGGAAGAGUUGUGAUUGAUGCCAAAUUCCACACCAAUGAUGCCAGCAUCAGGGCUGCAGGUCCUCUGACAAAGUUCUCCAGGAGAUACUUUAGGGAUGAAUUGACACACAGCAACUUCAACUCCAAGGAGAUUGGCUUUGAGCUUGCUGCUUCCAUGCUGAGUCUCUUUGAUCCAACCACUCAACCCAGUUCUGAGCCACCAGAAGGCUCAGAUAGACUGAUCCCCACAUACAGAUGGUGUAAAGUUCAAGGUGGUGUUCUUCCUGGAGGUUAUAACUACUUGCACAUUUCCAAGCCUGGAAUCCCUGUGCCCUUGGAUGUAGAACAUGACCCAUGUGAUCAUGGGAUGGAAAUUGUAACUGGGGAGGCUGGUCAUGGGAAUUACUUCAGGAUGCACUUCAGCAGAUACAAUAUGGUAGACAGCAUCACCUGCUUUUCCAAGGAUCCCUUCCCUGUCUCCAACUACAUUUGCUUGUAUGGACAGCAUGAGCGCCUGCUCAAUGACCUGUAUUACCGCUGGAAGGCCGGGCAGCUCACAGACCUCUACAGCUACUUCAGGGAACCUUGGUCCAUGGCCAUCUAUCAUGAUCGGUUUAUUGAUCUGCAGAAGGAACUGCGCCAAACCCUGUUGUCAGAGCAGGUGCCCAGGGAGCCCCCUGCCGCCGAGCAGCGCUCUGCGCAGAAACCUGGCCGGGUGUCGCUUCGGGAGCCCGUCCUGUGCUACCUGCGCCACCACCGUGCCCACCUGCCCAUGUACGCCCCGACAGACAUCUACAGGCCGCUGCCGGCUCCAGCAGGCAGCCAGGGACCGAAGCUGGGCAGAGUAGGGCACCGCAGUGGCAGUGGGAGCCCCACGCUGGCACAGGGACCCUCCUAGGAGCGCAUCCUCUCGACAUGUCACAGUGUGGUGUGAACUCCUCAAGAGCAUUCCAGUCUGGGAACACUGCUGCCUGCUCUGCACCCAGUGGCUGUUCCUGCAGCUGCAGCCCCAACAGAGAGGGGCAGAACCUGCAUCCAGCAGGGACUGUCCCUGUCCCCUGUGAGCCAGCCCUGCACACCCACAGGACCUGAAGCAGCCAGGCCCAGCAGCACCACCAGCGUCACCGGAGUUCCAGCUGUGGCAUCUCCCGCCCACCACCACACACACUACACAGGUUCCUUCACUAACAGAAAAUCAAUAGAAAGCAAAACUGAACUGUGAGGCAGAAAAUCAACCCGGUUGUCCAAGCCCUCAGUGACAGAGGCUCCUUCCUGCAGCUGUACCAGGUGAGUUCCUGUUGGGCACAGGGGCUGAGCUGCUGCCCCUUGGGCACAGAGUGUAGGGCAGAACCCAAGGGCCACCUCUGCCUUGGCAUCACUAGCUAUGGCUGGAAUGUGCCCCACAGGCACAGGCUAGCCCCUGGCUAGGUGCUGGCACUCAGACGACUUACAGGGCAUUUCCCAAAAAAUGCAAUCCCUUCACAUGAAGCAACUCCCAUUGUGUUGGGACAUCUGCAUGUGUGUGUGCCCAGGAGCAACCAAGCAGCAGCAGGACAGGGCUCUGUGGCUGCUGAAUCUCAGACUUCUGUUGCUUUAAAAUAACCAGGAUUUAACUAUAAAAAUUUUCACCCCAUCAACCUACAACACGUGUAGACCAAAACAUAUCAGCUACUGCCAACACAAAUUCUGCUCACUACAGCAGGUGCCAGGAGAACACCGUAAGUCCUCAGAAGCUUUCAGCUGUGUUGUCCUCUGGCUAGAGACAGGUCACAGCCUGCUGAGACAAGGUGAGGGGGUUACUUAGUUCUUCACACUGUGCCAGGAAGGGGUCAUGGCAGGAGUGUGGCUUUUGCGCUUCUAAAAGGGAUUUGCUUAUUUUUGUUUCUCUAGAGAGUAUUUCCAGUGCACAGCCAUCGCACAUACUACAGAAAGGCCUAGGCACUCCCUGAGUGGGACAGCACUGACUGGAGAGCUCCUCCCUCAUCCAUCUGUGCUCCAGCAGGGAACAUUUGCUACCUGGCUAGUCAUGGGAAAACCUCUCUUUAGAAGAAAUUCCCUUGUGCACAGGUAAGUGCUGCCUGGAAUGACUAAAGCAAUGCUCUAAGGGUACAUUAAAUAACUGGUUUCAGUGUUGGUUCAUGACCUCUGGCUGUGGCACCUGUGCCCAGGGGCUUGGGGCCCUUGCUCACCUGGUGCCAGUGCAGUGGUGACGGUGACACAGGUGACAUCAGAUGCCCACCCAUGUUUGUCCAGACUGAGGAAAGGCCAUUUCACAGAGCAAACCCCUCACCCGGCCCCUUCAAGACGUGUUCACCCAGAACUGCCCAUUCUGAUCUGUGCUUAGGUGCCAUGGGCUGCCCCAGCCGCAGCUCUGUGCUCCAGGGCCUCAGGUGGACACCUGGAAGAGCAGCAGAGCUUCCCGGAGACCCUGCUCAUAUAGGCACGUGGCAGUGUGGGCAAGGGCGGCUCUGCCAGCUCGACGCCACUGGUGUCAGUGAGGUCAGCACUUGCACUUGUGGUGAGGCAACCUGGAAAACAGAGUGGGCAGGAAAAACCCAGGUCAGGACCAAACAGCCUGUGUCCUCAGAAUAACCACGUGGCACAGCACAGCCCCUUGCCUUGCCUCUUCCCAGCCUCUCUUGGGGGAUCACUCAGGUGAACUUGACCUCUGGAAGAGGAAUUUGCUCCAGGCAACUGGAAAACUGCCGUAUUGUGCUUCUCAGAGAAAUCAUGGUUUUCUUUUUGCCAGUUCCCAGAAGCGAGGAGCAACGAGGCUGUGAGUGUCCAGGUGAGCACUGAGUUCCCCUUUUGCUCUGCACAGCCCCUGCAGCCCCCGAUGAGUUUCAGGGCUCCAACUGCCCCAUGGGAUGGAGGCAGGAAGCUCCCAUCAUGCUUACUUGAAGCUCCAACAUAAAAUAGUUCUGUGUGGGUGAUACAAAACUGGUUUCUGCUCUGUGUCAUUAAACUGCUGUUGUGUAUUUGGCCUAUUACAGAGAACUGGAAACGAGCAUUCCCAGCGUGAGGACUGGCACAGAACUCUUCCUGGAAGGUGCCUUAACAUCUGGAAAAAUCCUAAAGAAUCACAAAUUUCUUCCACUACACAGCAGGUACCCUUGUUAUUGGUGGCUUAUGGUCGCCACCGGAGAAGGGUCCUGGGGGGCUGUGGGUAUUGGGGGCGGUUACACUUUGUUGCUGAGUGGAGUCACCUGUGGGUUAUUCCCCAGAAGCCAGGCCUGCCUAGGCUGUCUGAGGGGGAACAGGUGAGCACAUGGUCAUUAACUGAGACACUAUGACCAAACACAGGUGCAGCUGCUGUGAGGGACACGCCCUGCCCUGCUCCUGACUGCUGGACCUGUCCCAAGGCAUUUCCCAGGGGGAACAGUGUUUCAUCAGCUCCCUCAGGAAACUGUUUUUAAACCAUGUUGCAAUUCUCUCCCAAAGUGUAAACACAAGGUUAUUAUUACCACUAGAAGGGAGGAACAGCCAGGCAGAGAUAGCACAGGGACCUUCUGUAUCCUCUCCAGAGGCUGGCACUGGUGGCACCCCCUCUGAACCUGCUGAGAGAUGGUUCUGUUUUGCAGUGCAGGCCUACUUCCAGUGCAAAUACUGACUCCAUUCUCAGCUGUGCCUGGCCAGGCCACAGCUCUUCAAUCCUCCCUUCACCUUCCUAGCCCAGGUAAAUCUCAAACGUGUGUAAAAUGCCCCAAAGCACAGCCAGGGCCUUGGCUGAAGCUGCCCAUGGCUGAGCUGUCCCUCAGGCACAGGUGAGCCUGUCCUUGCAGGAUAGCUGGGGACAUGGCCAUAAGUUAGUGUGGAAGCAGGAUGAGCCCUCAGCUGUUGUCUUGAGGAUAAAGACUCACCCUGGCUCUCAGCUGCACUUCCAAGGUGAGGUGUAACCUGUGCUUCUGCUUGAGCAGCUCUGGGUGUUUGAGUGACUGAAAGCAAGAGUGGAACAGCAGCAGCACAGCCCCAAGUGUGAACCUCCUCAGCCUGCCUGCAGCCCUGCGUUUGCAUCUCAAAGACAGCCCUUACUAACCAGAUUGGUUCUUUGAGAAAACUGACUGAGGAGAAAUGGCAUAUUUUAAAAAGGUGGAAAGUGUGACAGCCUGUAAAGGCAUUUUCUGUGAAAAAUGCAGAGCUGUCAACUUAGGAUUAAAACAAAACCUGUGGUGCUAUUGGCUGGGGAGAAGAGCAUGGGGGAGGGAAGGGCUGCAAGGGAGUCGUUGUGCUUGGCAUUCCUGCAGUGAGGCAGAAUGGCAGAUGGUCAAAAUAAUACAGUUUUCUCCAAAUGCACAAGCUGAAGCAGCUUAGAAGGAAAAAAUAAUUACCAGGCAUGUAUCGUGGGAGGCACUACCACAUGUGGAUCACAGGGGGGCAUUGCCACAUACGUAGAUCGCAGGAGAUAUUACCAUGUACAGGUACCAUUACACGGUAUGCUCGUGGGCAUAAUUACCAGACAUGCAAGGCAUUACCACAUGCAGAUCGUGGGAACCAUUACCACAUACGGGUGAUUUUACUGUACGCAGAUCGUGGGAAUCCUCCACCGGACAUGUAUGGGUGACAUUACUGUACGCAGAUCAUGGGAACCAUUACUGAGCACAUAUGGGGGCAAUAGCGCAUGCAUACUGUGGGAACCAUUAUCAUGUCAGGGUCACUUUGCCCUAUAUGGAUCACCGUAAUCAUUGCCAGGGACAGGAGGCUUUACCACACGCAGAUCAUGGGAAUCAUGACUGGGCACAUACAGGAGUUUUCACAGUACACAGAUCGCGGGAGGCACUACCAUGUAUAGGUAAGCAUUAACAUAUGCAGAUCGUGGGAGGCAUUACCUGGCACAUACAGCAUUUUUUUACUGUACAUGGAUAAUGGGUGGCAUUACUGCAUGCAGAUAGCUGUAACCAUUACCAUGUACGGGAGGUAUUACUGUAUGCGGAUCAUGGGACUCCUUACCAGGAAUCACUACCACACAUGAUGGGCAGGGAGAGAGAGGUGGCUUUACCACAUGCGAAUUGCGGGCAGCGUUAACGCACAUGGAUUGCGGGAGGCACUGCCAUAUGCCAAGCGUGGGAACCAUUACUCCGUAUGCAAGGCAUGCAGAUUGCAGGAAUCAUUGCCAAGGAUGGAAGGCUUUACAGCACGCAGGUUGCAGGAGAUGUCACCAUAUGCAGAUCAUGGGAAUCAUUACUGCAUAUGGGAGGCUUUACCGUGCACAGAUUGCAGGAGGCAUAACCUUGCACAUAUAGGAGCUUUUACUGUGCAUGGAUUGCAAGAAUCAUUACCAGGCACAUACAGGAGAGCUUAACCAUAUGCAGAUAAUGAGAAUCAUUUACCAUGUAUGGGAGUCUUUACUGCACACGGAUCGCAGGAGGCAUUACUGCAUGUGGCUCACAGGAAGUGUAUACUGGGCAUAUACAAGGGGGCAUUACUGCAUGCAGAUCACGGGAGGCAUUACUAGGCACAUAUGGGAUGCUUUACUGCAUGCAGAUUGCGGGAAUCAUUACUGGGCAUAUACUGGUGGCAUUACCAAAGGUGGGAGGCUUUACCCUAUGGGGAUUGCAGGAAUCAUGACCGGGCACGUGCAGGAGUUUUCACAAUACACAGAUGGCAGGAGGGAUUACCCGGCAUGUACGAGAGGCUUUACUGUAUGCAGAUCAUGGGAAUUGAUACUGUGCAUGUAACACAUUACUGUACGCGGAUCGUAGGAUGCAUUGCUGUGUAUGGGAGGCAUUACGGCAAGAGGCAAAACCAUGUGUGGGGUGCAGGAGAUGCGCGCAGAGCAUGAGAGGCAGAACCACAUGCAAAGCAGAGGAGGCAGAACCACACAUGGAGCAUGGGAGGCAGAGCAGAGGAGGUGUGAGGCAAACAUGGAGCACAGGAGGUGGAGCUGAACAUGGAGCAGAAGCAGCAAAGGAGGAGGAGGGGAAGGAGAG